AUGAAGUUCUCGAACGGUACAUGGGAUGUAAAGGAGGGGAUAGAUUGGCGACCAGCCGUUGAAGUGUCCAAGCUAACAGUAACGCCGGAGAGCCUGAGAGCCCUCACGACCACAAGACACAUUCGUCACCGUGGAGACACGCUCAACAAACCGACUAUUACGGUCACCCUCACCUCGCCUCUGGAAGGCGUCGUUGAGUUGACUGCGACGCACUUCCUCGGAAAACCCGCACACAAGGAGUCACGAUUUGAACGGUUUCCCGACUUCGAUGGCAAAGCACCUGAAAGCUUGAAGCCAAUCAUUCAGACCGGCCACGACGAAAAUGCAGGCCAGGCAUCUCUGACGGCGGGCUCGUUGAGCGCGGAGAUCGACACCAAGGCUGACGCCUUCAACGUGGACUUCAAGUCAAAUGGCAAGAAAUUGACUGAUAUCGGCUGGAACUCAAUCGCGUAUGUUACGGAUGCGCUGCACACCGGGCGCUCGAUGGAGGCAGCCUGGGCAACUACAACGAACGUCGAGGCCUAUGCUCGACCACCUUUAUGGCCCACGGGACACCGACAACCCUACAUGGUCCUAGGUUUUGGCCUGGUCCCAGGAGAGACCUUCUACGGCCUCGGCGAGCGCUUCGGUCCCUUCGUUAAGAAUGGUCAAAUGAUCGACAUGUGGCAUGAGGAUGGUGGAACGGACUCAUCCAUUGCUUACAAGAACGUGCCUUUCUAUAUGAGCUCCGAAGGUUAUGGCGUAUUCGUCGACCACUCCGACGCCGUGAGCUUCGAGGUUCAGUCCGAACGCAUGAACAAGGUACAAAUCUCCGUACCAGGGGAAACGAUCCGCGUAUUGGUCAUAAACGGUCCCUCCCCCAAGGCGAUAUUGGAGCGGUAUACGGCGAUCCUCGGACGUCCUGCCGCGCCUGCACCAUGGACCUACGGAUUGUGGCUCACCACGUCGUUCUUGACUAGUUACGAUGAGAAGACGGUCACAACGUUCGUUGACGGAAUGGCCGAGCGCGGCAUUCCACUCAGUGUAUUCCACUUCGAUUGCUUCUGGAUGAAGGGUCACCAAUGGUGCGACUUCGAAUUUGACAAGGAGUACUUCCCGGAUCCCGAAGGUUUUAUUGGGAGACUCAAACAGAAAGGCCUUAAGAUAUGCGUCUGGAUCAAUUCUUGGAUCGCCCAGGAAUCAGUGCUGUUCGCCGAAGGAGACGAGAAAGGAUACUUCAUCAAGCGGUUGGAUGGUUCCACCUGGCAGACCGAUCGAUGGCAGGCCGGUAUGGCGAUCGUUGACUUCACCAACCCAGAAGCCACCCAAUGGUACCAAUCGCAUUUGAUCCGUCUCAUGCGCAUGGGCGUCGACGCCUUCAAGACCGACUUCGCAGAACGCAUCCCUUUCGAAGGUGUCAAGUACUUCGACGGUUCGGAUCCCAGAAUUGCGCACAAUUUCUACACGUUCUUGUACAACAAAGCGGUAUACGAAGCUAUGGUACAAGAAAGGGGACCGAAAGAGGCCUGCUUGUUCGCCAGGAGUGCGACUGCAGGAGGACAACGAUUCCCCGUCCACUGGGGAGGCGAUUGUGCAACCUUAUGGACGGGUAUGGCCGAGUCUUUACGCGGUGGGCUCUCCCUCGGUCUGUCAGGUUUCGGCUUCCAUGCCACCGACAUUGGCGGUUUCAAGACUCCGGGCGAUCGACCCAUUCCUCCUGAUCCUGUCCUCUAUAAGCGCUGGAUUCAAUGGGGCCUGCUCGCCUCGCACUCUCGCCUGCAUGGCUCGACGCAAUACAGAGUGCCAUGGGAGAUUGAACCGGACUCACCCGAGUCCUCUGAAGUUCUCAAGCAGAGUGUCUUGCUGAAACACCGUCUGAUGCCAUACACCUUAGCUGCUGGCGCGGAGGCGCACGAGAAGGGAGUGCCCGUGCUGCGGCCCAUGUUCCUGGAGUUCCCUGAGGACCCGACGACUUGGGGACUUGAUCGCCAGUAUAUGUUUGGUCCUAAUUUGCUAGUCGCACCAAUCUUCUCUGCGGAGGGGAAGGUAACCUAUUACGUCCCGCAUGGCCGAUGGGUCGGUCUCGUCGAUCGCAAAGAGCGACGAGGUCCGGCCUGGUUUACGGAGACGCACGAUUUCUCGAGCUUGCCGCUCCUCGUCCGCCCGGGCUUCGUCGUUGUCAUGGGCGUGGAAGACCAGGUUCCCACCUACGACUUCAGGGACGACUUCGAGGUCGUCGUGAACGGUGCGGGGGAUGCGCCGGUUCCCGCGGUGGACGCUGGCACGGGCGCGGGUGAUAUCGUGAAGGUUGAGUGGAAUGGGAGCAGAGUGUUGGUGGACGGCAAGGAGGCUCGGAAUGUGAAAGUAACGUUGCUGUGAUGAUCCAUGACAUCGUAUGCUGUUUGAUAUUAUUCGGGGACCAGUGCGAAUUGUCGCAAGAUGGGAUGACAAGUACUACUUGAGUACUACUUGGCCUUCAACUGACCCAUCCGAAGCUCUUUGAUGCUCAGGCGUGGAUUGUCGAGAAGCGGAGUUGCACGCGCGCGAUGCUGC